UCUCGUAGUUGACUGGAAGUGUACCAACUGUCAUUUCGGUUUUUGUGGUAAUUUAUUGUUGUUGUGAAUUUUCAGAGUAUCAGGACGCGACUGGAAGAGUCCAGAGAAUCAUCUGACACAGCUCAUGCUAAUGAAAAAUGGACGAUUUCUUUGUCCACAAAUACCGGGAAUUGUACAAGAACCGCACUCCCGGAAGGGAAGGUUGCCAAAGGGAAAGAAGGAGAAAGUUGCUGGAAGAGCAGAAGCAUCAGCGACAGCAAACAACAGAUGAAAAUCGUGGGAUCACAAAGUUCGUUCAGAAGCAACCUCGAGAUGCCAAACAGGCUGCUGUCUUUGAUAGAUUCUAUGCGAAUAAAAUUCAGCUGUCUGAGUGGUUGAAGGAGAAGCCCGAGGAUCUGGACAACUGGUACAUUGUGCCCUGUCCAAAGGGGAAGAGAUGCCUUGUUGUGGCCAGCGAUAAAACGCGAUCGUACACCAAAGCCGGCAAACUCCUUCAUAGCUUUCACUCAAGUUUAGAGGGUGGAAGAUCCGGGAGGUAUGUCACCGUCCUGGAUUGCAUCUUCUACAGAAGUGAAUACUUUGUACUCGAUUGCCUGGUUUAUCGGAAUCAGGAGUUCAUCAAUUGCGAGACAUCCUUCCGAUUUUUUUGGCUCACAUCCAAAUUCCUGGAAUAUGAUUACACUGUAAUUCAUCGGGAUAACCACCUUCCUUUCCACCUCAUCCCACGCUAUGAUUGUGCUGAUGAAGCAUGUCUAGCCAGUGCCCUUGAGACUCAUCCACAUUGGCCAGAAAACACCCCAGUCCUGGAUGGUUUUCUCUUCUAUCACAAAGAAGCUUCUUACACCUACGGCACAACACCCCUUGUUGGUUGGCUCUUCUCCUUCAUGAUCCCCGAAAUUCUGGGCGUGGAAGCCAUUCAUCCGGAAUACAAGAAAACUCCACCAAACUACACCAAUGCCAGCGCAUUCAUGAAAGCCUUCGAUAAGAAGCAGAAAAAGAAAAGAUACUCAACACGUCGUAAGAAGAAUACGAUGGACGUCGAUGAGGGAAGUAGUACGAGUGCCAUAAUGGAGCAGCAGAAGCAACUGGAAUUGGGAGAACUGGACAUGGAUUGUGAGCAUGCUGAGGACCAAGAAGAGGAUGAAGAGGAAAUUGAAGAAAACUCCCACAACGCGUAGAAGAGCUUUAAUUUAUUACUAUUCUCAAGAGAACCAAAGAUUCUUCUUAUUGUCCCUCAUGUAUAAAGUAAUUAUUAGUUUUCAAAAAAAAUGUAUAGAAGCUAUAGAAGUAUUAAGAAAACAAAAAGAAAUAUUAUAAAAAUAUUUUUACUAUUGAUUACCUAGAAGUUGAUUAAUUUCUUAACAAUGAAAAAAAUCAUGAAGAAUGCUUUCAAUUUAUUUUAAUUUAAUGAUUAGGUAAUGUUAAAGAAUAUGUAUAAAAUUAUCAGCUUUUUGAUGAUAAGUAGAAACUCAUGUUAAAUUACUUUUAUUGAAUUUACGAUCCUUGUAUUAAAUUCUCUUUCGAUUAAAAAAAUUGCGAAAUUAAUUAAAAUCAUUCAAAGCAAAGAAAAAUGCUUUAGAAAUUCCUUAAUUAACGCUAAUUCGUACCUCAAUGUCCAAUAGGGAAUAAAUUAAUGUAUAGAUCGUGUGGAGAUCUCAAAACAGGAAUGAAUAAAUGAUGCAAAAUAUUGAAAAAGAAUAAGUAAUUUUGGUUUGUAAAAUGUGCCAAAAGUUAUGCUUUGAAUUGUUAUUUACAUUUAAUAAAUACAAAUUAGUGUGAAAAAUUAGGCUUGAAAUUAGGAAUUUGCAAAAAUUUAUCAAUUUUAUUUCUUCCUUGUACAUACCUGUGAGAUUUCUGGAUAAAUCCUUCAUCUGAAAGAUCUGAAAUAUUUUUAUUCUAGAAAUGAAAUUUAAUACAUAAUAUAUUUUCCUAUAAUUAAUCUAGAUAUACUUCUGGUUUCUUAAUAAAUAAUGAUCACAGCUAUAAA